ACAGUGCCACGUGAAACUUAAGGAGCUCAGGCAAGCCUACCAAAAAAACAAAGAGGCAAACGGCUGCUCUGGGUCAGACCUCCCAGACAUGCCACUUCUAUCAUGAGCUGCAUGCAAUUCUAGGGAGUGUCCCUACAACUACCCCGUCCCUGUAUAUGGACUCCUGCAAGGAAGUCUCGUGCAACAGGGAUGAGGAUUUUGGGGACAAGGAAGAUGAUGAGGAGGAGGCACAGCAGGCAAGUGGAGAAACCGUUCUCCCCAACAGCCAGGGACUGUUUAUCACCCUGGAGACAUUACCCUCCCAACCCAGGCUCCCAGACCUUGAAGGUGGAGAAGGCACCUCUGCUGCAAAUGUUUCAACGCUCCCCCUAUCAUCUCCGUCCCAGAGGCUAGUGCAGAUAAGAAGGCAAAAAAACCACACUCACAAUGAAAAGUUCUCUGAGCUUAUGCAGUCCUCCCGCACUGAAAGAGCCCAGCAGAAUGCGUGGAGGCAGACAAUGUCAGAGUCCAGGAAAGCACAAAAUGAACGCAAGGACAGAUGGCUGGAGCAAGAGGAGCAGUGGCAGCAGCGUGAUGAGAGGAGGCAGGAUGCAGUGCUGAGGCUACUGGAGGAUCAAACUGAUAUGCUCCAGUGUAUGGUUGAGCUGCAGAAAAGGCAGCAGAAGCACAGACUGCCGCUUCAGCCCCUGUGUAACCAACCGCCCUCCUCCCCAAAUUCCAAAGCCUCCUCACCCAGACACCCAAGAACACGGGGAGGGGGGCUCUAGGCACCCAACCAUUCCACCCCAGGGGACUGCCCAAGCAACAGAAGGCUGGCAUUCAGUAAGAUUUGAAGUGAAGUGUGGCCUUGUCCUUCCCUGCUCCACCACCCCACCUGGUGCUUCCCUCCUCCCCCACCCCUCCCGGGCUGGCUUGGCAGUUAUUCCCCUAUUUAUGUGAUGAAGUAAUAAAGAAUGCAUG